UUGGAUGUUCGGACAGUGCAGUUGAAAUGAUCUGCUUUCCAGAUGAUUAUAAUUCUUCUCGACGAUAUCAAGCUUUUAAAAUGGGAUCAGGUGAAACAAUAGGUCCAUGGACUGAUGAUUGCGUCGGAAAAAAUACUGUUCAUUAUGAAAAAAUCACAAGUCGUUAUAUGAAAAUAGUAAAAACUUUGAAAAACAUUUAUGGAGUUUAUUUAGGAUCUAUAAAGCGUGAAGAAAAUUGUAAUAUUUGUGCUUGUUAUUGUGACGAUAUUUAUAAUCCAAAAACAAUUAGAAAAUUUAGUUUGCAGGAAGUUUUAGCGAAGCAUGAUCAAGGUGUUAUAACUGGAAUUAAAUUUGACCUUGAACAAGAUGCAAUUGUUCUUAAAAUUCGUGUUGGAAUACUUGACAACUGGGUAAUAAAUAAAAAUAAUCAAAGUUGGAAUUCUGAUUACGUUGUGACAGUGAAUCCUGGUAAUGUUCCACAUGGAUUUAUCAACGAAAAUAGUAGUAAUCCAGAGCAUCCCUAUGAAACAUCUAAAUUACAAUUUUAUUGGCGAAAUAUUAAUCUUGAUAAUUUAGUAGCACCUCCCGGAAAAGUAAUUCAGGGAGUAAAAUUUGUUACUUGUACUGAUGGAAUAUCAAUAAGCAUACUUGCAACAAAUAUCAGUGAAGAUGGAUUUAUAUUGAGAGAAACUUCAGAAUUGGAAUUAAAAAUUCCAGAUAAUCCUGACAUUCCGACAAAUGGAAAAUCUGUCAAUAGGGUGGAUUAUAUGGCAAACUCAUAUAUUAAAUUCCAAGUUAGUGAUUGGAUUGCUGAUGGUAGUCAAACAACUGUACCAUUUAUUGACACGAGAGAAGUCAUUACUGAUCCUCCAGUGCCACUAUCUGGUAUUGGUUUUUAUUAUAAAACACAGGAAAAAUCAGGAGGUUUUGUGGCACUUCAAAUACAAACUUUUGAUUAUUCAGAUAUUAUUAAUUAUCAUUUUAUCAAUAAAAGUAUUGACAAACUUAUUGAUGAAAUAAAUACAUAA